AAGCGAGUUCUCUCGAGCAACCGAUGUAUCGCUGUCCCACGCAGCGUUUAACACCUGCAAAAAAAUAAGUUUAGCUUUGAGGUUUUGGUGAUUACUGAUAAGCGCAGGCUUAAGAAACUGAUAUGCUGUGUUUUCUUUACUGCCAAGCUACUGCCUCAGGUUCUCCUAAUGCUCCUGAGAAAUCAUCCGGACGGUUUAGAACUUGCACUUCUCCGGAUACAAAACUUAGAGUGGCACCAUGCUUCUUAAGUGUAGAUGCAAUUGCAGCAUAGCGUCAAAACUGUUUGCUGAAAUGCCUGAGAAGGACUUGAUUUCAUGGAACUCAAUGAUCGAUGGAUAUGUAAAACACGGAAGAAUCGAGGAUGCUAAGGGUUUAUUUGAUGUGAUGCCGAGAAGAGAUGUGGUUACUUGUGCUACCAUGAUUGAUGGGUAUGCAAAGUUAGGUUUUGUUCAUCAGGCUAAGACUCUGUUUGACCAAAUGCCUCUUAGAGAUGUUGUGGCAUAUAAUUCUAUGAUGGCUGGUUAUGUUCAAAACAAGUGUCACAUGGAAGCUCUUGAAAUAUUUAACGACAUGGAAAAGGAGAGUCACUUGUCACCCGAUGAAACGACUUUGGUAAUCAUUCUUUCUGCAAUUGCUCAGCUUGGCCGAUUAUCGAAAGCCACCGAUAUGCAUUUGUAUAUUGUGGAGAAACAAUUCUAUCUAGGUGGAAAACUCGGCGUUGCUCUCAUUGAUAUGUAUUCGAAAUGCGGAAGCAUACAACACGCCAUGUUGGUUUUCGAGGGAAUCGAAAACAAAAGCAUUGAUCACUGGAAUGCUAUGAUUGGUGGGCUAGCUGUUCAUGGUCUUGGAGAAUCCGCAUUCAAUAUGCUCUUGCAGAUCGAGAGACUCUCCAUAAUACCAGAUGAUAUCACCUUUGUUGGAGUUUUAAAUGCUUGUAGCCACUCUGGAUUAGUGAAGGAAGGCCUUCUCUGCUUUGAGCUCAUGAGGAGAAAACACAAGAUAGAACCAAGGUUGCAACACUAUGGGUGUAUGGUCGACAUACUAUCGAGAUCCGGUAGUAUAGAGCUAGCCAAAAACUUAAUAGAGGAAAUGCCAAUUGAGCCAAAUGAUGUCAUAUGGAGAACAUUUCUCACCGCUUGUAGUCACCACAAGGAGUUUGAAACGGGAGAGCUUGUCGCGAAACACCUUAUUUUGCAGGCUGGCUAUAACCCGAGCUCAUAUGUGCUUCUCUCUAACAUGUAUGCUAGUUUUGGAAUGUGGAAGGAUGUUCGUAGAGUUAGAACGAUGAUGAAGGAAAGAAAGAUAGAGAAAAUUCCUGGAUGUAGUUGGAUUGAGCUCGAUGGAAGAGUCCAUGAGUUCUUUGUAGAUAGCAUUGAAGUUUCCAAUACAUUGUAGAUAAAACGAUUGUGCAGCGAUAUAUUUUCAAGAGCUUUAACCUAA